GCAUCCAUGUAAAAUAAAUACUGCUGUCUUGGUUUGACUUAAUGAAGUCCGAUUUAAACCUAGAUUUGCCGGUUUGUUCUAGUCAGCUACCAUUUGUUAGCACGGCAGGCUAGCCAAAGCUAACGUUAGAGUUGAACAAGUUUUCAACCCAACCGGAUAAACAAAUACCAUUAGCUUAGCUUGGAGCUAACCGAUGCUAACUUCAAGACCCUAUUAGCAAUAACAAAAGAACUACAAAGAUGAAGGUUCCUCAGCAGAGGCCCUCGUCAGUCUAAAAGAGGGCAGUUUGUCCAACACAUUAAAUGAGAAGAACAGCUUCACGAGAGCUCACAACACCAGGGGGCGACAUUCCUCCGUCACAAUGGAAACGCCCACGCGGAGUUCAAAGAGAAGCCGUUUGUUUCGGGAUGAAGAUGAACCUCCGCAGCAGCGAAUCACCUCCAGAUCUCCUCGGAGGAGCCAGAGAGUCUCCACUACACCACAGACCUCUCUUUGAAGGCGACAAUGAAUUUUGUUUGUGCCUCAAGGAAUCUUUUCCCAACCUGAAAACAAGAAAACUGACUCGAGUUGAGUGGGGAACAAUCAGGAGGCUGAUGGGGAAACCGAGGCGGUGUUCGUCAGCCUUCUUUGCUGAAGAGCGAACAGCUCUGAAACAGAAGCGUCAGAAGAUGCGGCUCCUACAGCAAAGAAAGUUGUCAGAUGUUUCAACUUGCAAAGACCUUCCUGAUGAAAUCCCGUUGCCACUCAUCAUAGGAACGAAAGUCACAGCUCGGCUUCGAGGGGUCCAUGACGGCCUUUUCACCGGGCAGAUUGAUGCCGUUGACACCAGUGCUGCAACUUAUCGAGUCACCUUCGACCGCAACGGCCUGGGAACUCACACUGUGCCUGAUUACGAAGUCCUGAGCAACGAGCCCAAUGAGACGAUGCCCAUCUCUGCCUUCGCACAGAAGCAUCGGUCCUCACGCUACAUGCAGAACCUCAUGACUCCUCCUCGACCGCCCUACCCAACUGUUACCACUCCUGUUCAAAUGGACAACGAUCCUCUCAUGAACGCUUCACCGUGGACAAAUAAGCUGCCCAGCACAGAGAGGGAAACACUGGGGGGGUUUCCUGUAAAAUUCCUGGUCCAAGUUACCAGGCUGUCUAAAAUCCUCAUGAUCAAAAAGGAACACAUAAAGCACUUAAAAGAAAUGAACACAGAAGCAGAGAAACUGAAGUCCUACUCCAUGCCUAUUGACCUGGACUUUCAGAAGCGAUAUGCUGCCACUGUGCUUGAGCUAGAGCAACUCAAUAAAGAUCUAAACAAGGUGCUUCAAGAGGUUCAGCAGUUCUGUUGUGAACUCUCUCCUGAUCAGGGCAUGGUUCCAGCAGACCAUCCCACAGACCUGCGGCGGCGUUGCGAGGAAGAGGCUCAGCAGAUGGUGCAGCUGAGGAACAUGCAGAGGGACGGGCACCCCAGCGCAACGAACCCCGGCCUCACACACCUUAUCUCCAGUCUCACUGCUUUGCUACUACAGAUCAAGUGUCUUGCAGAUGGAGGAGAUCUGAAUUCAUUUGAGUUUAAAUCUUUAACGGAUUCCCUGAAUGACAUCAAAGCAUCAAUUGAUCCAUCCAACCUCAGUUGCUUUCAGAAUAACGUGGAAAUCCACGUGUCACACAUUCAGAGCGGUCUGAGUCAGCUGGGCAAUCUGCACGCGUUCGCUGCCAACAACACCAAUGCAGUCUGAGUCCCUGCAUCCUCCCUUCCACACACACAGGUGCAUGCACACACCGAAGCGAGGCCCAUUACUGCCGUCUCUUUAAAACGGAGCUCUUAAGGCUACAAACGUGGCCCACGUGGACUCUUGUGGCUCACCUGACUUUGGACGACGGUUGGCCCGGACUCCGGAGUUUUGAAUCCAAACAGAGGGAAGGUGUCAUGUAUUUUACCCUCCUAUUUUAUUGUAUGGAAAAUGUUUGCGCAACCAACCAACCAACCAUUACAAGCCAGAAACAGUCUCCCAUCUAUCAUUGAACCCUACAUCCACCUGCCACAGAUCACAUCUCCAUGCUCUUGGGUUUUAUUUAUUGGUUUCCAUGUGCCAAACAUUGAUUCUAACAGUUUUUAUAGUCUGUAUUUAUUUAUUUUUGCAUAGAUGUGUAUGGUUGUGGGAAAAAAAAUAAUAUUUGCUAUCCCUAAUGUUUCCCCCUGUAAGUGUUUUGUUCUGUUGCUUCACUGUUAGCAAGCACAGGGAAAGUUAAAGAAUGUUUUAUAAAAACCAUUUGUAGAUAAUUGUAUAAUUAUUUAGAAACAUUUCUGCUGUAUGCUCAGAAAUGUUCUUUUGGUAAUUUUUGUGUGCACUGAAAGAGAUUUUUGGUAUUUUUAUAAAGGUGAAUUGUUGGGUUUUGAUGCCUUUUACUCCCUAAGAUCUUAGCAUUUCCUCCUCAGGCAUGGCUACUGCUGCUGCAACCCCUCAUAAAUAAAAGCCUGCAUUAUUGACUUAACUCUAGCGAUCUCAAGUCAACACUUCCUUCCUGUUUGUUCUGUACAGAUGUAUAUGAAAGCGCCUCAGGGCAAUUGUACAUAAAUGUUUCCCUCUUUUUAUAUUAAACAUAUG